ACACUCUCUGUUCACAUGGCUGCUGCUGCUGCUGCUCUUGGCUCUACGAAGGGUCUCAGAAACACAGUCCAAAGCUGCACGUCCCUCUUCCGUGCCCUCCUCCCGACUUCUGCUGGGUUGGCUGGUUAAAUCAGUAAGCAUUAGUGGGCGUGUGUGUGUGUGUGCUGGUGCUCCUAGGGCGCAUGCGAACUGAGGCCCAAAGGGGAAAGCCUUCCACAUCAAGAUCUAAGCCAGCUGCCCUGCUUUAAACACAAGAAGAGCAGCAGAGAGCGGGAACCUGCAUGCAUCCCCCCUAACAGUCUGCUCAAAGGACACAGGCGAGGAAGGCAAGCCAGAAGCUACAGAUUGUAGGGUUUGCUCUUAGUUAGGAGUCUCUCUGCUUCAGGUUCUCAGGACUUAAAGGGCACUUGCUGCCCUGAGAGGGGGCUAUUGAAGCAAACUGACCCCUGAGGUGAAGGAAAAUCAGUUUGUGUGAAGGUCUGUUGAGAGGAGGAGGGAACAGGCAGCAGUCAGUGGGAGGUGGGAGGCCACGGUGGGGCUCCUGCUCUUCUCAAGAAGGAGACGAAGCAGUUGCCAGGAAGCUGGGAAAGAGGAGGAGAUGGCCACUGGAGAAAUCACAACACUUCCCUCUGCAUCUGAAGACGGCGGCAGCGGCGGAUUUCCUCCCGGGAGCUUCAAGGAGCCCAAAAGGUUGUACUGUAAAAACGGCGGCUUCUUCUUGAGGAUUAAGUCUGAUGGGGGAGUGGACGGAAUCCGGGAGAAAAACGACCCCCACAUAAAACUUCAACUCCAGGCGACCUCGGUGGGAGAGGUGGUCAUCAAAGGAGUUUGCGCAAACCGAUAUCUGGCAAUGAACAGAGACGGACGGCUGUUUGGAGCGAGACGAGCGACAGAUGAAUGCUACUUCUUGGAGCGACUUGAGAGCAACAACUACAACACCUACCGCUCCAGGAAGUACCCCAACAUGUACGUGGCGCUGAAGCGGACUGGCCAGUACAAGUCUGGAAGCAAAACUGGACCGGGUCAGAAGGCCAUUCUGUUUCUUCCCAUGUCUGCCAAGUGCUAAUGUGGGAGCUGACGGAGAGAUACUGAAGUCUUAGUGGAAACGACGAAGGAGAAGAUGUGACGGCAAUGAAGACAGUGUUCCAUCAACAUUGCCCAAAAUAGCUGUGAUGCUUGACUGUUAAAUCCUAACAGUUCUUUUUUUUUUUUU